UGUGUGGGCCACACACGUCACCCGGAGCCACCAAAGCCCCUCGCUCUCACCCAGUGCUGCUCAGGAGGGAAGACUGGAGAGCCUUUGCUCCAAAGGAUAUUUACUGGAUGUCGCUGGUCUGAAGAAACAGAGAGAAAAAGCCCACAAGAGCUUAAAAAAAAAACAACCCCAGAGCAUCUCUGUAGGCUGAUGCUGGGAAGACAGAAAUUGCCUCAUUAACCUAAGUGAGUGGGGGAGAGACAGAAGCAAACCCUCAGAAUGGAGGAAGAAGAAUAUGAGGAAGUUGUGGAGUACUACAUUGAGGAGACAAUUAUUGAGGAGGGUGAGCCACACGAGGUGGUCACUGAGAUCACUGAGACCAUCAGCACAGACUACUCAAUCCCUGAGACCACCACAACCACCACCUACACGGCUGAGCACACCCAGCCCUCCGGGGAGGAUGCAGCUCCUCCCAUCAGGAAGAAGACAAUCCGGACAAAAGUGGAUCCAUCCAAGUUUCUGACACCUUACCUGGAACACAGCAAUAAAAUGAAGGACUUAUUCAGUGAGAACAAGUACAAGGAAAAAUUUAGAAAAGAAAAAGGAAAGCCAUAUGCUUCCACAAUCGAUACCCCAGAAAUCCGGAGGAUCAAGAAAGUGCAGGACCAGCUCAGUGAGGUUAAAUACCGCAUGGCUGGGGAAGUUGCCAGAACCAUUUGCCACGUGGAUGAAAAGGCCAUGGAUAUAGAACAUGCAAAGAAAGUGUCACAGCAAGUGAGCAAGGUAUUAUAUAAGCAGAACUGGGAGGAGAAUAAGGACAAGUACCUGCUUCCCCCUGAUGCUCCAGAGCUUGUGAAUGCAAUAAAAAACACAGCAAUGUUCAGCAAGAAACUGUAUACUGAAGACUGGGAUGCAGACAAAACAUUGUUUUAUCCCUACAAUGACAGUCCAGAGCUCAGAAGGGUGGCACAGGCUCAGAAGACUCUGAGUGAUAUUGUCUACAAAAAGGGGCACGAUGAAAGGAAAGCAAAAUUCACCUCCCUGCCAGACCCCCCUGAUGUGGAACAAGCCAAGAAGGUGUCACGGCAGCUGAGUGAUGUUAUUUACCAUGAGGACUAUAAAAACAAAGUCAAAGGCAAGUGGAGUCAGACUCCAUGCUAUGAUGUGGCAGUUGCAAAAAUGAAUGCAGAAAAUCUAAGUAUGAGGAAAUACCAGGAAGACUUUGAAAACAUGAAAGACCAAAUCUACUUCAUGCAGACUGAAACUCCAGAGUAUGAAGCCAACAAACGAGCUUCAGAAAACGUCAGCAAGUUCAAAUACAAAGCAGACUAUGAAAAGAAGAAAGCUAUUGCAGAUUAUAAUGUGCUCCCUGCUACAGAGAACCCAUUGCUGAAGCAAUUAAAAACUGCAGGAAAUAUUCUGAGUGAUAAAUUAUACAAAGAAGCCUAUGAACAGUCCAGAGGAAACAAGAUGAAUUACUGUGAGACACCCAAGUUCCAGACUGAUGCUGCUCUGAAGAACUUUAGUGAUGUUAAAUAUAAAGAUGCAUAUCAGAAGAAUAUUUUGGGGCACUACUUGGGCAGCUUUGAGGACCCACAUCAAAUCCACUGCAUGAAGGUUGAAGCUAUGAAAAGUGAUAAAAAUUACAAAGCAGAUUAUGAGGAGGAAAAGACAAAGUGCUACUUCCCUCAGACCAUAACUCAAGAGUAUGAAGCAAUCAAGAAGUUGGAGCAAUGUAAAGAUUAUACCUACAAAAAGCAUCCUGAUCAAACCAAAUUCACUUCAGUGACUGACUCUCCAGUACAGAAGCAAGCAGAGAUCAACAGCAAACAGCUGAGUGAUAUAUUGUAUAAAUCCAAAGGGGAAGAAAUUAUUCACAAGUACCACCUCCCUCCUGAUGUGCCUCAGUUCAUCCAGGCUAGAGUUAAUGCCUACAACAUCAGUGAUGCUAACUACAAAGCAGACUGGAAGAAAACCCUUGCCAAAGGCUAUGAUCUGAAACCAGAUGCCAUUCCAAUUAUUGCUGCUAAAGCUUCUCGGAAUAUUGCAAGUGAUUACAAGUACAAGGAAUCCUACGAGAAAGACAAAGGCAAACAGGUCGGGUUCCGGAGCCUGCAGGAUGAUCCCAAACUUGUUCACUACAUGAACGUGGCCAAAAUCCAAUCGGAUCGGGAAUACAAGAAGGAUUAUGAAGUCACCAAGACCAAAUAUCACUCUCCUCUGGAUAUGUUCAGCGUGACAGCUGCCAAGAAAGCCCAGGAAGUGGUGACAAACACUGGCUAUAAGCAGCCAAUUCACAAUUACACCCUUCUGCCUGAUUCUGUGAACCUGGAGCUCUCCAAAAAUGUGAUGCAGCUUCAGAGUGAUAAUCUGUACAAAUCUGACUUCAAUAACUGGCUGAGAGGAGUUGGCUGGGUCCCAAUUCAGUCACUGGAUGUAGAAAAGGCCAAGAAAGCCACAGAGAUUCUCAGUGAGAAGAAAUACCGCCAGCAUCCCGACCAGCUCAAGUUCUCCAUCCCCAUGGAUGCCAUGGAACAAGUGCUGGCAAAGCAAAAUGCCAAGACCAUGAACAAGAGGCUGUACACAGAUAAGUGGAACAAAGAGAAGACCAGCAUUCAUGUGAUGCCAGACACCCCAGAAAUCCUGCAGUGCAAAGUGAACCAGAUGACCAUGAGUGAUAAACUUUACAAAGCUGGAUGGGAGGAGGACAAGAAGAAGGGUUAUGACUUGCAGCCAGAUGCAAUUCCCAUAAAAGCAGCCAAGAGCUCCAGGGACAUCGCGAGCGAUUAUAAAUACAAACUGGCCUACGAGAAGGCCAAAGGGAAGCACAUUGGCUUCCGCAGCCUGGAGGACGACCCCAAGCUGGUGCACUUCAUGCAGGUGGCCAAGAUGCAAUCUGACAGAGAGUACAAAAAGGGUUAUGAGAAGGCCAAGACUAACUUCCACACUCCAGUUGACAUGGUCAGUGUGGUGGCAGCUAAGAAAGCUCAGGAAGUGGCUACAAAUGCAAACUACAAGAACUUAAUCCACACCUACAACGUCUUGCCAGAUGCUAUGAGCAUUGAAUUGGCCAAAAACAUGAUGCAGUUACAAAGUGAUAAUCAAUACAAAGCAGAGUAUGAUGAAACUAUGAAGGGUGUUGGGUGGCUCCCACUGGGCUCCCUGGAAGCUGAGAAGAACAAAAAAGCCAUGGAAAUUUUGAGUGAGAAGAAAUAUCGCCAGCAUCCAGACAAGUUGAAGUACUCUGUUCCUAUGGAUUCCAUGAACAUGGUCUUGGCUUUAAAUAAUGCCAAAAUCAUGGAUGAGCACAAAUACAAACAAGCCUGGGAAGAAGACAAAAAGAAAAUUCACAUCACCCCAGAUAUUCCACAGAUUGCUUUAGCAAAAGCAAAUGCAUUCAAUUUAAGUGAAAAAAUGUACAGAUCUUCAUUUGAAGAAACCAGGAAGAAAGGGUAUGAUCUCAGGGCUGAUGCUAUUCCUGUCAAAGCUGCCAAAGCUUCCAGGGAUAUUGCCAGUGAUUAUAAAUACAAAUUAGGGUAUGAACAAGACAAGGGGAAACUUGUCGGCUUCCGCAGCCUCCAGGAUGAUCCCAAACUUGUCCAUUGCAUGCAAGUGGCCAAGAUGCAGUCGGACAGGGAGUACAAGAAGGCCUAUGAGGCGAGCAAGACUCAUUACCAGACACCUUCUGAUGCCCUCAGCGUGGUGGCAGCCAAGGAGGCCCAGGACCGUGUCACCAACACCAACUACAAGCGCCUGAUCCACCAGUACAUGCUGCUGCCAGAUGCAAUGAGUCUGGAGCUGUACAGAAACAUGAAUCAGAUCCAAAGUGAUAAUGAGUACAAGCAGGAUUACAAGGAGUGGUUCAGGGGGAUUGGUUGGAGUCCCAUUGGUUCUCUGGAUGUGGAGAAAUCGAAGAAAGCCACGGAGAUUGCGAGCGAUCGGAAGUACCGCCAGCACCCCAGCAUGUUCCGCUUCACCAAACAGAACGAUGCCAUGGACCUGGUCCUUGCAAAGCAGAAUGCAAAUAUCAUGAACAAACAUGCUUACACCGAAGCCUGGGAGAAGGAUAAAACUCAGGUCCAUGUGAUGCCAGACACACCAGAUAUUCUACAGGCCAAACAGAACAAGACAAACUACAGCCAGAAACUCUACAAGCUUGGCUGGGAGGAAAUGAUAAAGAAAGGCUAUGACCUCACACCUGAAGCCAUGUCAGUGAAAGCUGCCAAAGCUUCAAGGGACAUUGCAAGUGAUUUCAAGUACAAAGAAGGAUACCGCAAGCAGCAGGGACAUCACAUCGGAUUCCGCAGCCUGCAGGAUGACCCCAAGAUGUUGUGGUCCAUGCAAGUAGCUAAAAUGCAGAGUGAGAGGGAGUACAAGAAAGACUUUGAAAAGUGGAAGACCAAGUUUAAUAUGCCUGUGGACAUGCUGGGCUUCCUUCUGGCCAAGAAGUGUCAGGAGCUGGUCAGUGAUGUGGACUACAAACGAAUACUGCACCGCUGGACUUGUCUGCCAGACCAGGUCGAUGUCACCGAGGCAAAGAGGGUCAACGAGCUGCAGAGUGAUAACCUGUAUAAGUCAGAUCUGCAGUGGCUCAGAGGCAUUGGAUGGAGUCCUUUGGGAUCUCUGGAAGCUGAAAAGAACAAGAAAGCUUCUGAAAUACUGAGUGACAAGAAGUACCGGCAGCACCCAGACACAAUUAAGUUCACAAGUAUCCCAGAUGCCAUGGAUGUUGUUUUGGCAAAAUCUAAUGCCAAAAACAGGAGUGAUAUACUCUACAAGGAAGCUUGGAACAAGGACAAGACUAAGGUUCACAUCAUGCCUGAUACACCUGAAAUUUUGUUGGCUAAAUCAAACUUGAUUAACACAAGUGAUAAGCGUUACAAGGUAGGAUAUGAAGAGCUGAAGAAGAAAGGCUACGACCUCCCUCCUGAUGCCAUCCCUCUCCAGGCAGCCAAGGCAUCUCGAGACAUAGCCAGCGAGUACAAAUACAAAACUGCAUACAGAAAACAGCUGGGCCACCACAUUGGGGCCAGGAACAUCGAGGACGACCCCAAGAUGAUGUGGUCAAUGCACGUGGCCAAGAUCCAGAGUGACAGGGAGUACAAGAAAGCCUUUGAGAAGUCCAAGACCAACUUCAGCAGCCCUGUGGACAUGCUGGGAAUUGUGUUGGCCAAGAAAUGCCAGGAGCUGGUGAGCGAUGCUGAUUACCGGCACCCUCUGCACCGCUGGACCUGCCUGCCAGACCAGAACGAUGUUGUCCAUGCCAAGACAGUGUACGACCUUCAGAGUGAUAACGUGUACAAGUCUGACCUGCAGUGGCUGAGGGGCAUUGGCUGGUCCCCACUUGGAUCAUUGGAUGUUGAGAAGAACAAGAGGGCGAGUGAGAUCCUGAGUGACAAGAAGUAUCGUCAGCACCCAGACACCAUCAAAUUCACCAGCCUUCCUGACUCGAUGCCCAUGGUGCUGGCAAAGCACAAUUCCAAAAUCAUGGACCAACGCUCGUACAUCUCAGCCUGGGAGAAGGACAAAACCAGCAUUCACAUCAUGCCAGACACCCCUGGGAUCCUGCUGGCCCAGCAGAACAAAGUGAACUUCAGCGAGAAACUGUACAAGCAGGCGAUGGAGGAGGAGAAGAAGAAGGGCUACGACAUGCGGGCAGAUGCCAUUCCCAUCAAGUCUGCCAAAGCUUCCCGGGACAUCGCCAGUGAUUACAAGUACAAGGAAGGGUAUCGGAAGCAGCUGGGCCACCACAUUGGGGCCAGGAACAUUGAGGACGACCCCAAGAUGAUGUGGUCAAUGCACGUGGCCAAGAUCCAGAGUGACAGGGAGUACAAGAAAGCCUUUGAGAAGUCCAAGACCAACUUCAGCAGCCCUGUGGACAUGCUGGGAGUGGUGUUGGCCAAGAAAUGCCAGGAGCUGGUCAGUGACGUCGACUACCGUCACUACCUCCAUGAAUGGACUUGUCUACCAGACCAGAAUGACGUGAUCCAUGCUAAGCAAGCCUAUGACCUCCAGAGUGAUAACUGCUACAAGUCUGACCUUGAGUGGCUGCGGGGCAUUGGCUGGGUCCCAAUUGGUUCCUUGGAAGUUGAGAAGGCCAAGAAGGCAGGGGAGAUCCUGAGUGAUAAAAUUUACCGCCAGCAUCCGGACACCAUCAAGUUCACCAGCAUCCCAGAUUCUCUACCAAUGGUGUUGGCCAAGCAGAACGCAGACACCAUGAACAAGCGUUUGUACACUGAGGCCUGGGAUAAAGACAAGACACAAAUCCACAUCAUGCCUGACACACCUGAAAUCACACUGGCAAGAGAGAACAAGAAAAACUACAGUCUGAAACAAUACAGACAGGCCAUGGAAGAUUCAAAGAAGAAAGGCUAUGAUUUGAGAGCUGAUGCCAUCCCCAUCCAAGCAGCCAAAGCAUCCAGGCAAAUUGCCAGUGAUUACAAGUACAAGGAAGGGUAUCGGAAGCAGCUGGGCCACCACAUUGGGGCCAGGAACAUCGAGGACGACCCCAAGAUGAUGUGGUCAAUGCACGUGGCCAAGAUCCAGAGUGACAGGGAGUACAAGAAAGCCUUUGAGAAGUCCAAGACCAACUUCAGCAGCCCUGUGGACAUGCUGGGAAUUGUGUUGGCCAAGAAAUGCCAGGAGCUGGUGAGCGAUGCCGAUUACCGGCACCCUCUGCACCGCUGGACCUGCCUGCCAGACCAGAACGAUGUUGUCCAUGCCAAGACAGUGUACGACCUUCAGAGUGAUAACGUGUACAAGUCUGACCUGCAGUGGCUGAGGGGCAUUGGCUGGUCCCCACUUGGAUCAUUGGAUGCUGAGAAGAACAAGAGAGCAAGCGAGAUCUUGAGUGACAAGAAGUAUCGUCAGCACCCAGACACCAUCAAAUUCACCAGCCUUCCUGACUCGAUGCCCAUGGUGCUGGCAAAGCACAACUCCCAAAUCAUGGACCAACGCUCGUACAUCUCAGCCUGGGAGAAGGACAAAACCAGCAUUCACAUCAUGCCAGACACCCCUGGGAUCCUGCUGGCCCAGCAGAACAAAGUGAACUUCAGCGAGAAACUGUACAAGCAGGCGAUGGAGGAGGAGAAGAAGAAGGGCUACGACAUGCGGGCAGAUGCCAUUCCCAUCAAGUCUGCCAAAGCUUCCCGGGACAUCGCCAGUGAUUACAAGUACAAGGAAGGGUAUCGGAAGCAGCUGGGCCACCACAUUGGGGCCAGGAACAUUGAGGACGACCCCAAGAUGAUGUGGUCAAUGCACGUGGCCAAGAUCCAGAGUGACAGGGAGUACAAGAAAGCCUUUGAGAAGUCCAAGACCAACUUCAGCAGCCCUGUGGACAUGCUGGGAGUGGUGUUGGCCAAGAAAUGCCAGGAGCUGGUCAGUGACGUUGACUACCGUCACUACCUCCAUGAGUGGACUUGUCUACCAGACCAGAAUGACGUGAUCCAUGCUAAGCAAGCCUAUGACCUCCAGAGUGAUAACUGCUACAAGUCUGACCUUGAGUGGCUGCGGGGCAUUGGCUGGGUCCCAAUUGGUUCCUUGGAAGUUGAGAAGGCCAAGAAGGCAGGGGAGAUCCUGAGUGAUAAAAUUUACCGCCAGCAUCCGGACACCAUCAAGUUCACCAGCAUCCCAGAUUCUCUCCCAAUGGUGUUGGCCAAGCAGAACGCAGACACCAUGAACAAGCGUUUGUACACUGAGGCCUGGGAUAAAGACAAGACACAAAUCCACAUCAUGCCUGACACACCUGAAAUCACACUGGCAAGAGAGAACAAGAAAAACUACAGUCUGAAACAAUACAGACAGGCCAUGGAAGAUUCAAAGAAGAAAGGCUAUGAUUUGAGAGCUGAUGCCAUCCCCAUCCAAGCAGCCAAAGCAUCCAGGCAAAUUGCCAGUGAUUACAAGUACAAGGAAGGCUAUCGGAAGCAGCUGGGCCACCACAUUGGGGCCAGGAACAUCGAGGACGACCCCAAGAUGAUGUGGUCAAUGCACGUGGCCAAGAUCCAGAGUGACAGGGAGUACAAGAAGGACUUUGAGAAGUCCAAGACAAGGUUCAGCAGCCCCGUGGACAUGCUGGGAAUUGUGUUGGCCAAGAAGUGCCAAGGGCUGGUCAGUGACGUUGACUACCGGCACUACCUGCACCAGUGGAUCUGUCUGCCCGACCAGAACGACGUGAUCCACGCCAAGCAGGCCUAUGACCUCCAGAGUGAUAACUGCUACAAAUCUGACCUGGAAUGGCUGCGGGGCAUUGGCUGGGUCCCUAUUGGUUCCUUGGAAGUUGAGAAAGCCAAGAGAGCAGGAGAGAUCCUGAGUGAUAAAAUUUACCGCCAGCGUCCAGACACCAUCAAGUUCACCAGUGUCACGGAUUCCCUGGAGAUGGUGUUGGCCAAGCAGAACGCAGACACCAUGAACAAGCGUUUGUACACUGAAGCGUGGAACAAAGACAAGACCACGAUUCAUGUCAUGCCUGACACCCCAGAAAUCCUGCUGGCCAAACAGAACCGAGUGAACUACAGUGAGAAAAUGUACAAACUGGCCUUGGAGGAGUCAAAGAAGAAGGGCUAUGAUUUGCGUUUUGAUGCCAUUCCCAUCCAGUCUGCCAAAGCCUCCAGGGAGAUUGCCAGUGAGUACAAGUACAAGGAAGGCUAUCGGAAGCAGCUGGGCCACCACAUUGGGGCCAGGAACAUCGAGGACGACCCCAAGAUGAUGUGGUCAAUGCACGUGGCCAAGAUCCAGAGUGACAGGGAGUACAAGAAGGACUUUGAGAAGUCCAAGACAAGGUUCAGCAGCCCCGUGGACAUGCUGGGAAUUGUGUUGGCCAAGAAGUGCCAAGGGCUGGUCAGUGACGUUGACUACCGUCACUACCUGCACCAGUGGAUCUGUCUGCCCGACCAGAACGACGUGAUCCACGCCAAGCAGGCCUAUGACCUCCAGAGUGAUGCUGUUUACAAAUCAGACCUGGAAUGGUUGAGAGGCAUUGGAUGGGUUCCUAUUGGUUCCUUGGAAGUUGAGAAAGCCAAGAGAGCAGGAGAGAUCCUGAGUGAUAAAAUUUACCGCCAGUGUCCGGACACCAUCAAGUUCACCAGUGUCACGGAUUCCCUGGAGAUGGUGUUGGCCAAGCAGAACGCAGACACCAUGAACAAGCGUUUGUACACUGAAGCGUGGAACAAAGACAAGACCACGAUUCAUGUCAUGCCUGACACCCCAGAAAUCCUGCUGGCCAAACAGAACCGAGUGAACUACAGUGAGAAACAAUAUAAAGGAGCUUGGGACGAGCUGAAGAUGAACUACGAUUUGAGAGCAGAUGCAAUCCCAAUCAAGACAGCCAAGGCUUCUAGAGAGAUUGCCAGUGAUUACAAAUACAAGCUGGAGCACGAGAAGCAGAAAGGACAUUACGUGGGAGUGCCGAACGCAAAGGGAGAUUCCAAAAUCCAGUUUGCCCUGGACGUGGCCAAAGUUCAGAGUGAACGAGAGUACAAGAAGUUCUUUGCCAAGCAGAAGACCCAGUGCCACCUGCCAGUGGACAUGAUGUCCAUCGUGUCAGCCAAGCACGGGCAGGCCCUGGUGAGCGAUGCCGACUACCGGCACUACCUGCACCAGUGGAUCUGCCUCCCCGACCAGAACGAUGUCAUUCAUGCCAGGCAAGCCUACGACCUCCAGAGCGACGCUGUUUAUAAAGCUGAUUUGGAAUGGCUGCGGGGAAUUGGAUGGUUGCCAAAUGAUUCCCUGGGAGUCAAGCAUGUCAAAUAUGCUGGAGAUCUCCUGAGUGAGAGGAAGUACCGCACGAAAGCUGAAACUCUCCCGUUCACUCCCGUGGCUGACAGAGUUGAUUAUGUCACAGCAAAGAAUAGCACUGAAAUCCUCAAUGAUAUUAAAUACCGCAAAGAAUGGAAUGAGGCCAAGACAAAUUAUACUCUCACAGAUACACCACAGCUGGACAUGGCCCGAGAGGCUGCCAGAAUUCUAAAUCAGAAUUUAUACAAGGAGAGCUGGGAGAAAGAAAAAGCCACUGGUUACCUCCUGCCUCCUGACACGGUGCAGAUCUCUCAUGCCAAGCACUCCAGUGAUGUCCAAAGUGAGCUGAAAUACAAAGCUGAGUAUGUCAAGCAGAGAGGUCACUACGUGGGAGUGGCCAAGAUGAGGGAUGACCCCAAGCUGGUGUGGUACGAGCACGCGGGCGAGAUCCAGAACGACAGGCUCUACAAGUCAGACUACAACAAAACCAAGUCCAAAAUCCACAUGCCUUCGGAUGCCAUGGCAGUUGUGGCAGCAAAGGAGUGCCAGAACUUGGUCAGUGAUGUUGAGUAUCGCCAGUACCUGCACCAGUGGACCUGCCACCCUGACCAGAACGACGUGAUCCACGCCCGGCAGGCCUACGACCUGCAGAGUGAUAACAUCUACAAAGCUGAUUUGGAGUGGCUCCGUGGCUGUGGUUGGAUCCCUCUCGAUUCAGUGGAGCAUAAGAAGGUCAAGAAUGCACAAGAACUGAUAAACAAGAGAGCAUACACAAAAGAAGCCCUGGAGAACUUUUCCAAAUACACCAGUGUGGUUGACACUCCUGAGAUCACUUUGGCAAAGAUGAACUCUGUCAAUCAGAGUGAUCUAAAAUACAAAGAAACAUUUAACCAGGAGAAAGGCCAGUACAUUGGGUCUGAUGAUACUCCUGCUCUGCACCACGCCAAAGACAUGGCCUUGCUCCACAGUGAGAAACAUUACAAGAAGGCUUGGGAGCUGAGCAAGCCCAUUGGAUACUCUCUGGAUGAGAAAUACGUUCCACUUGUGGGAGCCAAACAUGCAAACCACAUCAACAGUGAGCUUAAAUAUAAGGAAAUAUAUGAGAAGCUGAAAGGCCAUUACCUGGCUGGGAAGGAUAUUAGUGAUUUCCCCAGUGUCAUUCACUCCCUGGAAUUCCAGAAAAUGAGGAGCGUGCUGGCCUACAGAAAGAACUAUGAAGACACCAAGAAGAAUGUGCAUAUCCCAACUGACAUGAUGAACCACGUCCUGGCCAAGAAGUGCCAGUACAUCCUCAGUGACCUGGAGUACCGCACCUACUUCCAUCAGUGGAGCUGCUCCCCUGAGGAGAACGAUGUCAUUCACGCCAGGAAAGCCCAGGAGAUCCUGAGUGAUUCUGUGUAUAAAGAUGACUUAAACUGGCUGAAGGGACUUGGAUGUUACGUCUGGGAUACUCCACAAAUCCUACAGGCUAAGAAAUCCUAUGACCUGCAGAGCCAGAUAAAAUACACCUCUGCAGGGAAGGAGAACUUCCAGAACUUCAGUGUGGUUACAGACACCCCUGUCUAUGUGACUGCUCUGCAAAGUGCUGCCAAUGCCAGUGACGUGAAAUACAAGGAGGAAUUCCACAAAACUAAGGACAAGUACACAACUGUGACUGACACAGUGGAUUCAGAAAGAGUUCAGAGUUUGAAACACCUCUAUAGUGAUAAUCUCUACAAGAAGGCCUGGGAUAAAGUGAAGGCCACCAGCUAUGCACUGCCCUCAGAUACUGUGGCCUUGGCACGUGCCAAAGAACUGAAGCACAAUGCAAGCAUUGUCAAAUACCGUGAGGAAUAUGACAAGUUCAAAGCCCUGUACACCCUCCCCAGAGGUGUUGAGGAUGAUCCCAACACGGAAAGGUGCCUCAGAGUUGGGAAGCUCAACAUUGAUCGUCUGUACAAAGAGGCCUAUGAGAAGACCAAAGCCAAGGUGCACAUUGUCCCGGACAUGGUGGACAUCAUCUCAGCCAAGGAUGCCCAGAAGAAGAUCAGCGAGGUCGAUUACCGCACGCGGCUCCACGACUGGCUGUGUCUGCCAGACCUGCAGGUCAACACCCACGUGAGAAGAGUCACCGACCAAGUCAGUGAUGUGAUCUACAAGGAUGAUCUGAACUGGCUGAAAGGCAUUGGCUGCUUUGUCUGGGACACUCCUGAAAUCCUCCAUGCCAAGCAAGCCUAUGACCUUCGCAGUGAUAUUAAGUACAAAUCUAAGGCAGAAAAAAUGAAGAAGGACUUCACAGUGGUCACAGACACUCCUGUCUAUGUCCAGAAUGUGAUCAGUGCCUUGAAUUUAAGUGAAGCUGUCUAUCGGGGUGAUUACAAGAAGAAUGUCCAAGGCAAGAUGAUCCCCACUGAUAAAACAGUGGAUCUGGAGCGGGCGUACAAUGCAAACAAAAUACAGAGUGAGAAUUUGUAUCGCUGGGCUGGUGUGAAUGCUCUGCCCACUGGCUACAGCCUUCCCACGGACACUCCCAACUUCCAGCACGCCAAACACGCCCAGCGCAUCGGCAGUAAUCUGAAAUAUAAAGAAGCCUAUGAACACAUGAAAGCCAAGGGCUACACUCUGGGACCUCAAGAUGUUGGCUUUGAAAAUGUGAGGAAAGUCAAUCAAGUCAUUAACGAGAGGCUGUACAGGGCAACCUACCACAAGAACAAGGACAAGAUCCACACCACCCCUGACACGCCCGAAAUCCGCCAAGUCAGAGCCACCCAGGAGGCAGUCAGCGAUCUGAUCUACAAGUCAGAUUUCUUCAAGAUGCAGGGCCACCUGAUCUCCCUGCCCUACACCCCUCACGUGCUGCACUGUCGCUACGUUGGGGACAUCACCAGUGACAUUAAAUACAAAGAGGACCUGAGGUGGCUGAAGGGCUUGGGCUGCUUCCUCUAUGACACUCCUGACAUGGUCCGUGCCCGUGACCUCCGCAAGCUCUGGUCUAAUUAUAUCUAUACAAGUACUGCCAAGAAAAUGUGGCCUAAAGUCCAGGUGGUGUUGGAUACUCCUGGAUACAGAGCAGUGCAGGAACUAAAAACCCAUCUGAGUGAGCUGGUUUACAGAGCUGCAGGCAAUGAGCUGAAGACAAAAUACACUUCCAUCCUUGAUACACCUGACUUCAUAAGAGCCAAGACAGGACAAAAAAUACAGAGCCAGUACUUGUACGUGGAGCUUGCCACGAAGGAGAGACCCCACCAUCAUGCUGAUGGUCAGACUCCAGCCUUUGCACAUGCCAGGAAUGUCAAGGACAUGAUCAGUGAGAAAAAGUACAAAACCCAGUAUGAGAAGAUGAAGGACAAAUACACCCCUGUCCCUGACACCCCAGUGCUGGUCAGAGCCAAGAGAGCUUACCUGAAUGCCAGUGAUCUGCGCUACAAAGAAACCUUUGAGAACACCAAGGGCAAAUACCACACUGUGAAGGAUGCUCUGGACAUUGUCUACCACAGGAAGGUCACUGAUGACAUCAGCAGUGUGAAGUAUAAGGAGAAUUACAUGAGCCAGCUGGGAAUCUGGAGAUCCAUCCCAGACCGGCCCGAGCACUUCCACCACCGCCUGGUCACGGAUGCCAUCAGUGAUGUUAAAUACAAGGAAGACCUGGAAUGGCUCAAAGGCACUGGCUGCUAUGUGUGGGAUACUCCAAGUUUUGUCCUGGCAGAGAAGAAUAAAGUGCUCUACAGUGGGUGUAAGUACAAGGAGAAUUUUGAGAAGACCAAGUCCAAGUUCAAGUACGUGGCUGACUCUCCAAGCAAUGAACAUUUUAAAUAUGCAACUCAGCUGGUGGAUAUGAAAAGCUAUAAAUCCUUUGCCAAGAUGCUCCUGCAGCACGGAUGCAAUGAAAUUCUGAGGCCAGAUAUGCUGACAGCACUCUACAACACAUACCUGUGGAGCCAGAUUCAGUACAAGAAGGACUAUGAGAAGAAGAAAGACAAAUACACCACAGUUCUGGACACUCCAGAGUAUUUACGGACCACGAAGGUCAACAAGCAGAUCAGUGACAUUAUUUACAAGCUGGAGUACAACAAAGCCAAGCCCAAGGGCUACACCACCAUCCAGGACACGCCGAUGCUGCUGCACGUGCGCAAGGUCAAGGACAGGAUCAGUGACCUGAAAUACAAAGAAAUGUAUGAGAGGAGCAAAUCUCGCUGCAACGUCGUGGCAGAUUCAGUUCACAUCAAAACUCCCAGGCACGCCUACAAACUGAACAGCAACCUGGAUUACAAGAAGAAAUACGAAGCAGCCAAAGCCCACUGGCACCUGAUUGCUGACAGGCCUGACUUUGUCCAAGCAGCCAAGUCCUCUCUGCAGCAGAGUGAUUACGAAUACAAACUGGACCGGGAGUUCCUCAAGGGGUGCAAACUCUCUGUCACAGAUGAUAAAAACACAGUGUUGGCCCUCAACAAUGCCAUCCUGGCCAGUGAUAUCAAAUACAAAGAGAAGCACAACAAAGCCCGUGGGACGUACCACGUUGUUCCGGACACUCCUCAGAUCCUGCUGGCUAAGAACGUCAGCUCUCUGGUGUCUGAGAACAAGUACAAAGAGCAGAGCAAGAAGCAGCUGCCCCACGGCUCCUUCACCACCCUGCCCGAGACCAGGGACACUGUCCACGUCAAGGAGGUGACCAAGAACGUCAGCGAGACAAACUACAAGAAGAAGUUUGUGAAGGAGAAAGGCAAAUCCAAUUAUUCUGUCAUGCUGGAGCCUCCUGAGGUGAAACAUGCCAUGGAAGUUGCUAAAAACCAGAGCACAAUUGAAUACAAGAAAGAUGCCAAAUCCAAACUCCACUACACACCUAUAGCAGAUCGACCAGAUAUUAAGAAAGCAACUCAGGCUGCCAAGUUAAUCAGCAAUAUUGAAUACAAGAAGCGUGGAGCAGCAGGUGUGGGUGUGACCAUGCUGGGACGUCCAGACAUUGAGCUGGCCAAGGAGGUGUCCAAACUGACCAGCCAGGUGAAAUACAAGGAGAACUUUGCCAAAGAGCUGGGUAAAAAGCCCAAAUAUGAUUUGAAGGAGGCCAAAAUCUACAAGACCCUGAAGGACGCCCACAACAUGGCCAGCGAGGUGAAGUACAAGGCAGACCUGAAGAAGCUGCACAAGCCCGUGACGGACAUGAAGGAGUCGCUGCUCAUGAACCACGUGCUGAGCACGAGCCAGCUCGCCAGUGCUGUGAAAUACAGAGAAAAGUAUGAGAAGGAAAAAGGGAAACCCAUGUUGGACUUUGAAACUCCCACAUACCUGACUGCAAAGGAAUCUCAGCUCAUGCAGAGCGAGAAAGAAUAUAAGAAGGACUUUGAAGAGUCCAUGAAGGGCAGGAACCUCACUGGCCUGGAGGUCACACCAUCCCUCUUGCAUGUCAAAUACGCCACCAAAAUAGCGAGCGAGAAAGAGUAUAGGAAGGAUCUGGAGGAAGGAGUCAAAGGGAAAGGACUGACAGCCUUAGAGGAGACUCCAGACAUGCUGAGAGCCAAGAAUGCCACUCAGAUCCUGAACGAGAAGGAGUACAAGCGAGCCCUGGAGCAGGAGAUCCGCGGGAAGGGCCUGACCGAGCUGGCGCUGGAGACGCCGGAUUUCGUGCGCGCCAGGAACGCCACCGACAUCGCCAGCCAGAUCAAAUACAAACAAUUGGCAGAAAUGGAGAAAGCCAACUACACCAGUGUUGUUGAUACUCCAGAGAUUAUUCAUGCCCAGCAGGUCAAGAACCUUUCCAGCCAGAAAAAAUACAAGGAAGAUGCAGAGAAGAGCAUGCCCUACUACGUGCCCGUGGCUGACACACCAGAAAUGCAGAGGGUCCGAGAGAAUCAGAAGAACUUUAGCAUGCUUCAGUAUCAGUCAGACCUACAGAACAGUAAAGGAAAAGUCACAGUGGUCCAGGACACCCCAGAAAUCCUGAGGGUGAAGGAAAACCAGAAGAAUUUCAGCUCGAUUUUGUAUAAAGAAGACAUUGGAACUGGAACCACAAUUGAAAAGACCCCAGAGAUGCAGAGAGUUAAACGAACCCAGGAUAAUAUCAGCUCGGUGAAGUACAAGGAGAGCAUUGGCAAAGGAACUCCCAUUCCUGACCUGCCCGAGGUGAAGCGCGUCAAGGAGACCCAGAAGCACAUCAGCUCGGUGUUGUACAAGGAGGAGCUGGGCACAGGCACCCCCACGCCCUUGACCCCAGAGAUGGAGCGGGUCAAACGCAACCAGGAGCAGAUCAGCUCGGUGUUGUACAAGGAGGGUUUAGGGGCUGGCACUGCCACGCCGGUGACGCCGGAGAUGGAGCGGGUCCGACGGAACCAGGAGCACAUCAGCUCGGUGUUGUACAAGGAGGAGCUGGGGACAGGAACCCCCACCCCUGUCACCCCCGAGAUUGAGAGGGUCAAACGCAAUCAAGAACACAUUAGCUCGGUGUUGUACAAGGAGGAGCUGGGGACAGGAACCCCCACCCCUGUCACCCCCGAGAUUGAGAGGGUCAAACGCAAUCAAGAACACAUUAGCUCGGUUCUGUACCGGGAGCAGCUGGGCGCGGGCACCCCCAUCCCGGUCACUCCCGAGCUGGAGCGGGUCAGGCGCAACCAGGAGCACCUGAGCUCGGUGUUGUACAAGGAGAGCGUGGGGACAGGGACCCCCACUCCUGUCACCCCCGAGAUGGAGAGGGUCAAACGCAACCAGGAGAUUUGCAGCUCGGUGUUGUACAAGGAGAACAUAGGCAAAGCCACCCCCACGCCCGUCACCCCCGAGAUGGAGAGAGUCAAGCGCAACCAGGAGAUCAUUAGCUCGGUUUUGUACAAGGAAAAUGUGGGGAAGGUGACCCCGACCCCCAUCACCCCCGAGAUGGAGAGAGUCAAACGCAAUCAAGAGAUCAUUAGCUCGGUGUUGUACAAAGAGAACGUGGGGCAGGCGACCCCCACGCCCGUCACUCCCGAGAUGGAGCGAGUCAAACGCAACCAGGAGCAGAUUAGCUCGGUUGCAUACAGGGAAGGUUUAGGGAAGGCCACUCCCAGCCCGCUCACUCCGGAGAUGGAGAGAGUCAAGCGGAACCAAGAACAAAUCAGCUCGGUGCUGUACAAGGAGCACAUGGCCAAGGGAACCCCGACCCCGCUGACCCCGGAGAUGGAGAGAGCCAAACGCAACCAGGAGAACAUCAGCUCGGUCCUUUACUCUGACAGUUUCCGCAAGCAAGUCCAAGGAAAAGCCGCCUACGUCCUGGACACGCCGGAGAUGCGGCGCGUGCGGGAGACCCAGAAACACAUCUCCACUGUGAAGUACCACGAGGACUUUGAGAAGAGCAAAGGGAGCUUCACGCCCGUGGUGACCGACCCCAUCACGGAGCGCGUGAAGAAGAACAUGCAGGACUUCAGUGACAUCAGCUACAGGGGCAUCCAGAGGAGGGUGGUGGAGAUGGAGCGGAAACGCGUGGACCAGGACCAGGAGAACCUCACAGGGCUCCGGGUGUGGAGAACCAACCCCGGCUCCGUCUUCGACUACGACCCCGCUGAGGACAACAUCCAGUCCCGGAGCCUGCACAUGAUCUCAGUCCAGGCGCAGCGCCGCAGCCGGGAGCACUCGCGCUCCGCCAGCGCCCUGAGCAUCAGCGGCGCGGCCGACGAGAAAUCCGAGCCCUCGGACGGCACCGACCAGCGCCUGUCCUACUACAGCAACGGGGGCUUCUUCACCACCACGGCCACAGUGGGCUACAAGCAGGUCAAGACCAUUGAGUUGCCACAGCAACGCUCGUCCUCGGUGGCCACGCAGCAAACCACGGUGUCCUCGGUGCCUUCCCACCCUUCCACUGCUGGGAAGACGUUCCGGGCCAUGUACGACUACACGGCGGCGGACGCGGACGAGGUGUCCUUCAAGGACGGGGACACCAUUGUCAACGUGCAGGCCAUCGACGAGGGCUGGAUGUAUGGCACCGUGCAGAGAACCGGCAAGACCGGCAUGCUGCCCGCCAACUAUGUGGAGGCCGUGUGAGCCCAGCCUGCCCCGGGCUGGGACAGCUCCCUGGGGCUGGGACAGCUCCCCUGGGAUGGGACACCUCCCCUGGAGAUGGGACACCUUCCCCAGGGAUGGGACACCUUCCCUGGAGAUGGGACACCUUCCCCGGGGAUGGGACACCUUCCCCGGGGAUGGGACACCUUCCCCGGGGAUGGGACACCUUCCCCGGGGAUGGGACACCUUCCCCGGGGAUGGGACACCUUCCCCGGGGAUGGGACACCUUCCCCGGGGAUGGGACACCUUCCCCGGGGAUGGGACACCUUCCCCGGGGAUGGGACACCUUCCCCAGGGCUGGGACACCUUCUCCAGGGAUGGGACACCACCCCCGGGGAUGGGACAGCUCCCCUGGAGAUGGGAC